ACACGAACUCUGAAUAUAAGGUGGUCGAAACGCGAUUUUUACAUAGUUGAAGUCCAGCUGACAAGAAAACAUUACUAAACAUGUUUUUACAAGUGGCCGCCCUUUGUCUGCUAGCUGUGAGUGCGCAUGCGCAUUCAGCAGCGGUGUCCCACCAGUCACGUGUCGAUCAUGGACAUGGACACGGUCACGACGUUCACCAUGAGCACAAGAUCCAUCAUCCGAUCCACCACGUUCAUGAACACCACGGCCACCACGAUGGACCCCACGGACAUAAUAUUGGACAUCACGGACAUCACGAGGUUCAUCACGGACACCACGAUGUACACCACGACGACCACCACCAAUGGGAUCAUGAACACCACCACCCAGCCUACAAGUUCGAGUACUCCGUGAAGGACCACCACACCGGUGACCACAAAUCGGCCAACGAGCACCGCGAUGGCGGCCACGUGAGUGGCUCCUACUCGCUCGUUGAGCCCGACGGCAACGUGCGCACUGUUCAUUACACCGCUGAUGACCACCACGGUUUCAGAGCCGACGUACACCACAAGACGGCUCACCACCACAUCAUCCCCCACCACCAUCAUGGCCAUCAUCAUGAUCAUCAUGGUCAUCAUGAUCAUCAUUAACCUGGACUAUCCCACUCAUACGAACUCUUCGAUCUCGACUAAAUGUAACCGCCAUUUAUCAUUAAGUUUCUUGCAAAGAACGCCAGCGCUGACGAAUAAAAAACUAUUUAUUUACAAAA